AAAAUUUGCUGAGCCAUGGCAGAUUCUACUUCCCUCAUUAUCAACAAAGAAACCAAAGGAGGCUGGAACGCUGCCGUUUUCAUCAUGGUUGUGGAGAUGACAGAGAGAUUUGCGUUCUACGGACUUGCAAGCAACUUAAUGACAUUUCUAACGAACGAGCUAGGCCAGUCCUUGGCCACCGCGGCCAAACACAUCAACACAUGGCUCGGCGUUUCUUACCUUUUCCCAAUUCUCGGGGCGUUUCUAGCUGACUCAAUUCUAGGCCGCUUUAAAACCGUUCUCUUGUCGUCCUUUGUUUAUCUCCUGGGAAUGGUAAUGUUACCAUUGUCGGUAACGGUGGUGGCACCGCGGCUUAGAGAAAAAGCGUUCUUUAUGGCGUUGUAUGUGAUGGCGGUUGGAGAAGGAGGGCAUAAGCCAUGCGUCAUGACCUUUGCGGCUGAUCAGUUCGGAGAGGAUAGUGCAGAGGAGAAGGCAACGAAGACAUCAUUCUUUAAUUAUUGGUAUUUGUGCAUCGUCCUUGGUUCUUCCAUAGCUGUUCUUCUCCUUAUAUUCAUUCAGGAACGAGUAAGUUGGUUAGCAGGAUUCAGCGUAAUAGCAGGGAGUGUAGCAAUAGCUGUACUCAUAUUUCUGAUCGGUAUUCCGAGAUAUCGGAAACAAGUUCCGGUGGGAAGCCCUCUCACGAGGGUUGCUCAAGUCAUCGUCGCCGCCUCUAAAAAAUGGCGUUUGAGCACCACACGCCACCACUAUGGCAUAUGCUACGAGGAAGGCACGGAGGAGGACAAGUCGUCGGAGUCAACGAAUGCUCAUCUUCUUGCCAGAACCAAUCAAUUCAGAUUCUUGGACAAAGCUACAGUUAUCGAUGAAGUUGAUAAUACGUCGAACAAAAAUAGAAACCCAUGGAGAUUAUGUCCCGUGAACCAAGUGGAAGAAGUAAAGCUAAUAUUGAGGCUUGUACCGAUUUGGAUAAGCUUGAUAAUGUUUUGUGCCACACUUACUCAGAUCAACACGUUCUUUUUAAAGCAAGGAAGCAUGAUGAAUAGAACCAUUGGUGAUCACUUCACCAUACCUCCUGCUGCUUUCCAAAGCAUUGUAGGCGUCACUAUACUCAUCUUCAUUCCCAUUUACGACCGUGUCUUUGUUCCUAAAGCUAGGAAGAUCACAAAUCACCAUUCUGGAAUCACAUCUCUCCAGAGAAUCGGCGUCGGAUUAUUUAUUGCUACUUUCAAUAUGAUGGUGUGUGGGCUUGUGGAGGCAAGGAGACUUAGAGUUGCGAGAGACCAUGGACUAAUUGACUCUCCAAAAGUUGUUGUUCCAAUGAGUAGCUUGUGGUUACUUCCACAAUACAUACUAGUGGGUAUUGGGGAUGUAUUCACUAUUGUUGGUAUGCAAGAGCUUUUCUAUGAUCAAAUGCCUGAAACUAUGAGAAGUAUCGGUGCUGCCAUCUUCAUGAGCGUCGUUGGAGUUGGGAGCUUUGUUAGUACUGGGAUCAUAUCUGCUGUUCAGACAAUCAGCAAAAGCCAUGGUGAUGAAUGGCUAGUCAACAACCUUAACAGAGCACAUCUUGAUUAUUACUAUUGGGUAAUCGCGUCGCUUAACGCUGCGAGUCUCUGCUUUUACUUGUUUAUGGCUAACCGAUUCGUCUACAAGAAAGUGCAAGGCAAAGAUGAUGGUGUUGAAGGAGAAAGAGAAGAGUGAUCAAAAAUGUUUUCAGAUGUGGACGGUUCCAAACCGGGCUUAUCUUUAUCUUGGUUUACAUCAAACUUCAAAUGAUUGCUAUGGUUUCCAAAAAAAAAACUUUAUUUUCUUAAUGUAUCCGUUAAAAUGCUAUAUUAUUUAUUACUAUUGAGUUUGGG